AUGGGUUACGGAUUGGUAAUCUACGAAGGCACGGUGGUGAUGGCAUCACUGUGUCUCUUAGGAUNGGCAGGUCUAUGGUUCCUUAACAGACGCCUAUACAAGGAGUACGAGGAGAAGCGAGCCUUGGUUCAAAUCAUUUUCAGCAUCGUCUUCGCCUUCUCUUGUAACCUAUUGCAGCUAGUUCUCUUCGAGAUCAUACCUCUUCUCUCUAGAGAGCAAGGCAAGGAUGGUGAACUGGAAGGUGGAUCUCUUUUGUUUGAUACUGCUUCUGGUGUAAGAAGGGAGCGUGCCUCUGCUGGGGCUGUGUUAUUCUUGACAGCAUUCCUUUACGCUUUCUGGCGUAUGGGAGUUCAUUUUCCUAUGCCUUCACAAGAUAAAGGUUUUUUUACCAUGCCUCAGCUGGUCAGUAGAAUUGGGGUCAUUGGUGUGACCUUAAUGGCUGUCUUAUCAGGAUUUGGAGCUGUAAAUUUGCCCUACAGCUAUAUAUCCCUCUUCAUUAGGGAGAUUGAAGAAGCAGAUAUAAUAUCUUUGGAAAGGCAACUGAUGCAGUCAACUGAGACGUGCAUAGCAAAGAAGAAGAAAAUUAUUUUGUGUCAAUUAGAAGUGGAACGAAGUCAAGGAUCAGAAGAGAAUCAGAAAGGUAGCUCUUUCUUUAGAAGAAUUGUUGGGACUGUUGUGCGGUCGGUUCAAGAUGACCAAAAGGAGCAAGACAUAAAAAUAAUGGAGGCGGAGGUGGAAGGCUUAGAGGAGCUGUCAAAGCAGUUAUUUUUGGAAAUAUAUGAGCUCCGUCAAGCAAAGGAUGCUGCUGCUUUUUCCAGAACUUGGAGGGGUCAUGUGCAGAACUUACUUGGUUAUGCAUGUUCAAUUUAUUGUGUGUAUAAAAUGUUGAAGUCUCUACAAAGUGUUGUCUUCAAGGAGGCCGGUACAAAAGAUCCUGUCACGAUGAUGAUCAGCAUAUUCUUGCGGUGGUUUGACAUAGGAGUAGAUGCUGCAUUGCUCUCACAGUAUAUUUCCCUGUUGUUUAUUGGGAUGUUGAUUGUGAUUUCUGUGAGGGGGUUCUUGACAAAUUUGAUGAAGUUUUUCUUUGCAGUCUCGAGAGUGGGAAGUGGGUCUUCAAGCAAUGUUGUGCUUUUCCUAUCCGAGAUCAUGGGAAUGUACUUUUUGUCUUCCAUCCUUCUUAUCAGAAAAAGCUUGAGAAAUGAGUACAGGGGAAUCAUAACGGAUGUAUUGGGUGGAGAUAUUCAGUUUGAUUUCUAUCAUCGAUGGUUUGAUGCAAUUUUUGUGGCCAGCGCUUUUCUUUCUCUCCUUUUGCUUUCUGCACACUACACUUCUCGUCAAUCUGAUAAGCACGCUAUUGAGUAA